UGAUUGUAAAAAGCUCUCAAUUGAGAUUUUUCUUUUCUUUUACUAAUCUUUACUAUCUAAGCUCACAAACCUUUAGAUUGCUGUAAGAUCGUCAGCAGAAUUGACACAUCUAAUCCCCCUAUUAGUCCAACUUAUACCUCAUCUCGAGUCGUCCCAAAGUCAUGGAAAGAAGAUGGAAACCGCAAUUUCUAGCUGCUUAAAAGCUUGUACGAUGCUCAUAAUGAACUUACCUGCCGACGACAUUCGACAUCGUCUUGUAGAAUUGUGUCAGCCAAUCAUUGAGCGGCUGCAAAUGGUCCUUACUGCUACACCUGUAGUAGUCGCAAACAACGAAAAUGAAAAAUCAGCAGAUUCUUGGGCACGAAUCGCUAGUGAACCCAUACUGUGGAUUGAUCGCAUCGCAACCAUAUUCCGAGAAGUCCGGCCUUGGAAUGGAGGGGUCUUGCGAACGGUCAACAGCUCUGACUCUCCUGAUGCAGCUCCUUGGCUGGAUAUUGCUACAGAACUCUACAAAGUGCUUUCUGAAGCAUUGAAACGGUAUGAGACUACUGCGAGAGUUGUGGAGCAUUGUUGCCGAUCGAUUAGGUUCAUUGUCCGGUCACUUGGUGUUCAAUCUAUCGGUUUUGUGGAACCGUUAAUCACACAGAUGAUGGACAUCUUUUCGCGACAACAACAUUCAUGUUUCCUGUAUCUGUCAUCUAUAUUAGUGGAUGAGUAUGGAGGAAUGGAAUCUCUACAGCCUGGCUUGAUGAUCAUGCUUGAAGUAAGUCAAGUUUUAGAUUUCAUCAUGUGCGUAUAG